UCGCGCGAGCGCGUCGCCGCUCCAAAUAUACCGAACCGGCGUCAGUUGAGCUCACGCUCUCGGCACGAACGCACAUACAUACCCACGUGUCGCCCAGCUUUUUGUGAUCUUCAAUCGGUAGACGACAACGAGCUGACCAUGCGGAGAACCAGGAGCUACUGAAGCUGUGCGGAAAAUCGGUUGGACAGUGUCGCGACGAUUUUGUCCUUCUUCUUCUUCUUCUUCCUCUUAUCGGCGCUACCUGCGAGCUCGCGGUUCUUCCGUGUUUUGGCAUUUCACUCGUACACUAGCUCGACGGAGAGAAGAUCGGCUUGCCGAUCGCCGACUGAGCGACGAAGAUGGCUGUCAGCGAGGUUGACCGCGACCAGAAACUGAAAUAUCCAAAAUCAGUAUUCUUCAUCAUCUGCAAUGAGUUCUGCGAGAGAUUCUCCUACUACGGCAUGCGAACUGUCCUGUCGUUCUACUUGGUGGACAUUCUCCUGUAUACGCAGACUAUGGCCACCGUCAUCUACCACACCUUCACCAUGUUCGCCUAUUUCUUCCCACUGCUCGGAGCUAUGCUGGCCGACUCGUACCUCGGCAAGUACAGGACGAUCCUCUACCUCAGCGUUGUCUACGCCGCAGGACAGCUGCUGCUCGCGGUCAGUUCAGUGCCGCCGCUCGGUCUUCCCGUCAGGGAAUUCUCGAUUCUGGGCCUGCUGAUGAUAGCCCUGGGCACAGGAGGUAUCAAGCCCUGCGUCGCAGCCUUCGGAGGUGACCAGUUCAAGCUGCCACAGCAGGAGCACUACCUAGCGGUCUUCUUCUCGCUCUUCUACUUCUCCAUCAACUCUGGCUCGCUAAUUUCCACUGCCAUCACACCGGUGCUCCGCAAAGAAGUCACCUGCUACGGGAUGACCACCUGCUAUCCCCUGGCUUUCCUCGUCCCGGCCGUCCUUAUGACAGUUUCUAUAGUCAUAUUCUUCGCGGGAAAACGACUGUACAAGAUCAGACAGCCCGAAGGCAACGUCGUGGUCAAAGUGGUGCUAUGCAUUUCCCACGCAAUCGGCCGCAAGAUAAAAUCAAAGGGCAAGCGCGAACACUGGCUGGACUAUUCGGACGACAAGUACGAUCGUCAUUUGAUCGAAGACAUCAAGUCCGUCCUGAAAGUCCUCGUGCUCUUCGUACCUCUACCCUUCUUCUGGGCCCUGUUCGACCAACAAGGCUCUCGAUGGACCUUCCAGGCGUCUCGAAUGGACGGCGAGGUGUUCGGCUAUCUCAUCAAGCCCGAUCAGUUCCAGGUGAUCAAUCCUCUCUUCAUCGUCAUCUUCAUCCCGGUCUUCCAGUGGGCGAUCUACCCCAUCCUCGAGAAAUUCCUGUACCUCAACACGCCGCUGAGAAAGAUGACCGCGGGUGGAAUCUUAGCAGGUCUGUCCUUCAUUAUCUCUGCUAUCGUCGAGCUCAAUAUCGAGCCGACCUACGCGGUACAACCAUCCCAAGGUUUGGCGCAGAUAAGGAUAUUCAAUACGAUUAACUGCCCAGCUUCUUUGACUCUUGGAAGUUCAACAAACAAAACAUCGUACUCUUUGGAAGCUCUGAACAUGAUCCAGGACUUGUACGUCCCUGUGAAUAACAGCUCUACGGUAUUGACGCUCGACGCGAAGUAUACGGACUGCAAACAAUUGCCAGGCGGAACUUUAACUGUAUCGGAGAACCUCACGCUUGUGGAAAAAACCGCAACCUCCUGGGCCCUGACGAUCGAAGGCCUGAGCCCACCUUUCGCAGAUAGCGUUGAGAAAUCGGGAACCGGCGACCCAUUUGUGCGCGCCUUGAUCUACAAGACGACGUCAAAGAUCAACUCGACCAUCAAUUUUAACGGCGAAAAAGAGAAUCAAAUCAACAUCACCAAAAAGCUCCAAUUCACCGAGUUCGACAAAAUCAAUCACAACCCGUACAACAUAACGCUCGACGGAAAACCCGUUGAGGAUAACGUGUUCUUCAGAUUCGGUGGUGUUUACAACAUCAUCGGAUACGCUUCCGACACAGAUGCAGCUGCCAAAACUGUGACUCUAGCCGAUCCAAACUCUGUGCACAUGUUCUGGCUGAUGCCGCAAUAUGUGGUGAUCACCAUGGGAGAGAUCAUGUUCUCAAUCACGGGACUGGAGUUUGCCUUCACCCAGGCGCCGGUUACAAUGAAGUCGUUGCUGCAGGCCAGCUGGUUGUUGUCUGUGGCGUUUGGAAACUUGAUUGUGGUUAUCAUUGCUGAGGCGGCGUUCUUCGAUCGACAGGUGUUUGAAUUUUUCCUGUUUGCCGGAUUGAUGUUCGUCGACAUGAUCAUUUUCGCGAUAAUGGCCAGGUGCUAUAAGUACGUCGAACCGGUGUCAAACAACGAAUCAGUCGAGGACAUACACCUACAGACCAAGAACGGCAUCGGCAACGAGAACUACUCUGAGGAUCUAUAAGGAAACGCAUAACAUUACCAUCAUGAAAAAGAGUACUUUGAGUACUCAAUAAGACUGUAAAUUUUAGCCAAAUACUUACUGGGCCAACAUUUUGCUAGAAUUUGUUGUUACGAAAAUUUCUGGGGUUUGACUCCGAUUUAAGGUGGGUUUACGUGGAGUUUGUAAAUUUAGAAUGAAAGAUUAUUUGUGCAAUAUUAAAAUAUUUUUACAAACUCCAUUUAAAAACUUCGAGAUUAAAAUACACGUAUCGAUCGUUUUUUACACAUGGAAAAUGAUCAACGAUACCGAUGCAUUUUUCCACUGUGAAAAUGUAACACUUUGUACAUAUCUAUUCUUAUGUUUUUUCUCGUUGACGAUGAUUUUAUUUGUGCGCACACGUUGACGCAGCGUGUAAAACGGAUGUCUGAAUAUUGUUUUAAUCGCGCCGAGUUUUAUUGUCUCGUUGCUGCAGAUGAGCGAAGCCACAUGCGUACAAUAUGAGUUGAGCGGGUAGCAACUCAAUGCGAUUCUAGCUCGUUCGUACAGCGAUGCAAUUUAGACCUGUCACUGAACGCUUAAGUGAUGAUUAAUUUCUCUUCGGUCCCUGUGCUCGUAGUGAAACUUGGCAAAAAGAACAUUUUGACAGCUAAACGAGACGAUCCACGCUUAGCGGUACGUUGCGUGCGUUUUUUUUUUACGAAACAGUGUUUGUACGAAGCUCGUUAAUUUUUGUACAAGAUGUUUUCUUUUAUCGAAUGAUCACAUUACAAUGUUUGUAUGACUGAUCUUUUUUAGUUUUUUACAGUGCAAAUUAACAACGACAGUUAGCAGCAGUUCUUACGUACGCUAAUUAUACGAAACAACUCUUACCUGUGCAUAAGAGUAAAUAAAUACGCCUACAAGAAACAAACGGCUGAACAAAGAUAAGCACGUUAUCGUGCAGUCGUUUGUUCAUCUCACACAACAAAUCAAACGUGGUACUACACUUGCUAUUUAAAAACAAAAAAUUACUCAAUCAGGAUCUAUAUUUCAAUUUUAUUGACACUUUUUCUUUGGCGCAAAAAAUAUCGACAAACUUCGGUCUUGCAUUUUUCAUUUUUUUUUCACCUAUUAAUAAUGAAUUAGAAAAGUGCGUUUAAAAUCCGCGUUCGCACAAAAGUAACACAUUUUGACGUAUCCACAACGACGAAUUAAUUAUUUUUAUAUCACGAGGACUUAUGCGUACUGCAAAACUACACAGCUGACAAUGUAACUGGCAGAGGGUUUGUGUAUGUGAGUUCUUAUUACAGACCGAUUUUCCAUUUGUCACACUUCCAGACUCCUCCGCCGCCUCAUCACUUCUGUAUCAUUCGCACUCAUUCAUAAAGGUUUAUUACCUAGUCUGUGAUAAGCGUUAUUACCAAUACUAUUAUCGCACAACAUGAGUCGUUGAAAACUAUGGAUGCCUUUCUUGUUGAAUUCGAAUAAAUAUUAUACAAUAUCUUGUUGAACAAAAAAUAAAUAAAACAUUAAAGAUACAAA